AUUUGUGUCAGUCACAGAGAGAGAGAGAGAGAGAGAGAGAGAGAGAGAGAGAGAGAGCAGAGAGAGGAUGGUGGGGUGGAAGGUGCAUUUGGUUGCGGUGAUGUUGGUGGUGACGAGAUUGUGGAGGGAAGGGGUGAGAGGAGGAGAGGUGACAUAUGAUGGAAGAUCACUCCUUAUUGAUGGCCAGAGGAAGCUCCUUUUCUCUGGUUCUAUCCACUAUCCUAGAAGCACUCCUCAGAUGUGGCCCGACCUGAUAGCUAAAGCCAAAGAAGGAGGAGUUGAUGUGAUCCAAACCUACGUGUUCUGGAACUUGCAUGAACCGCGACCAGGCCAGUAUGACUUCAGUGGAAGGUAUGAUCUUGUGAGAUUCAUCAAGGAAAUCCAAGCACAGGGGCUCUAUGCUUGCCUCAGGAUUGGACCCUUCGUUGAGGCAGAGUGGACCUACGGGGGUUUCCCCUUUUGGUUACAUGAUGUUCCGGGAAUCACAUUUCGAACAAAUAAUGAACCUUUCAAGUUCUACAUGCAAAACUUCGCAACGAAGGUCGUCAACUUGAUGAAAUCAGAGGGUCUAUAUGCUUCCCAGGGAGGCCCGAUUAUACUGUCCCAGAUAGAAAAUGAGUAUCAGAACAUCGAAGCGGCUUUUGGCGAGCAAGGACCCUUGUAUGUCCAAUGGGCAGCAAAUAUGGCCGUUGCACUUGAGACAGGAGUGCCCUGGGUGAUGUGUAAGCAGAAUGAUGCCCCGGAUCCAGUGAUAAAUGUGUGCAAUGGCAUGAGAUGCGGAGAAACUUUUCCAGGGCCAAACUCACCAAACAAGCCAGCUAUCUGGACAGAGGACUGGACGUCCUUCUAUCAAGUCUACGGUGGUGAACCAUACUUAAGGUCAGCUGAAGACAUUGCGUUCCAUGCCACCCUCUUCAUUGCAAAACUGAAUGGAUGUUAUAUCAAUUACUAUAUGUACCAUGGUGGAACGAAUUUUGGCAGAACAGCUGCUGCAUAUUUCAUAACAGGUUAUUAUGAUCAAGCUCCGCUCGACGAAUACGGUCUCCUCAGGCAGCCAAAAUGGGGUCAUCUUAAAGAAUUGCAUGGGGCAAUCAAGAAUUCCUCUAGUACUUUGCUGGAGGGAGUCAAAUCUAAUUUUUCUUUAGGCCAGUACCAAGAGGCUUAUGUUUUCCAGGAAGAAACGGGAGGAUGUGUUGCUUUCCUUGUAAACAAUGAUGCAAAAAGUAGUGCUACUGUACAGUUUGGCAAUAAAUCAUUUGAAUUGCUGCCGAAGUCCAUUAGUAUUCUUCAAGAUUGUGAAAACAUGAUUUUCAACACAGCAAAGGUAACAAGUGAGAGCAGUACGAGAGUCACAACAUCCAGCCAGACAUUUGAAGGUGCAGAUAAGUGGGAAGAAUUUCUUGAUGUAAUUCCCAGCUACUUAGAUACAUCAUUAAGAGCAGAUACAUUGCUAGAACACAUGAAUACAACAAAAGAUGAAUCCGACUACCUUUGGUAUGCAUUCAGUUUUCAGCCAGACUCAACUUGUGCUGAACCAGUGCUUCACCUCAAGUCUCUUGGACAUGUUACACAUGCUUUUGUCAAUAAUGAGUACAUGGGAUCGGCCCAUGGAAGCCAUGAUGUCAAAAACUUCACCAUGGAGACCAAAAUUGUGUUGGAUAAUCAGAUGAAUAACAUUUCCUUACUCAGCGUAAUGGUUGGACUACCAGACUCAGGAGCAUUUCUAGAGAAAAGAUAUGCUGGAUUGGCUGAGGUGGAGAUCCGGUGCACUCAAGAUGAGUCAUACAAUUUCACACACUAUUCAUGGGGAUACCAGGUGGGACUACUUGGUCAGGAGUUAGAAAUAUACAAUGAACAAAACCUGGGCAAUGUUGAGUGGAGCAAUGUAACAACGGUGAACCAGCCACUUACUUGGUACAAGACUUAUUUUGAUGCACCAGAGGGCAGUGAACCGCUUGCAUUUAAUCUUACAACCAUGUCUAAAGGAGAAGCUUGGGUGAAUGGACAAAGUAUUGGUCGAUACUGGGUUUCAUUUCUUACAGCUAAUGGAAAUCCAUCGCAAACUUUGUAUCAUGUGCCUCGAUCCUUUCUACAAGCCUCUGGUAACCUACUAGUUCUGCUAGAGGAAGUUGGUGGUGACCCCCUUCAUGUAUCCUUAUGCACCUUAUCUGUCUCUACCUUAAACGACACCGCUUCACACUUCCGUCUUCCUUCAUGAGAUGAGGAGAUCGAAUACAGAUGUGGGUAAAUAAUUUUUAGUAUAUUGAAAAGCUUUUCAUUAGUAUGAAAAGGUUCUUUCCAGAAAGAAAUGCAUCAGCAGCCAACUCAAUAGGAAGAGAUACAUCAAAUAGGUUAUGAGGAGGAACAUUCAACUGUUGAAUUUGUUGGACAAUCAAAGAUUGUAACCUUCAGUACUGAGAAGUAAUUUGAGCACUACAGCAUUUAUAGAGACCUCAUUGUAUCGACCUUGAUUGUGCUUAUCCUUCCCUUUGUUGAUAAUUUCAUCGACUGAUUA